GGCAGCGGGACCCGCACACCGCGGCUGGUCGGGGUGAAGCGGGGCGGGAGCCCGAGCCGGAGCGGGAGCCGGGCCUGAGCAGCAGGCGCAGGCCCGGCGCCCGCCUGCCCUCCCCUGCCUUCACAGGCGGCAGGCACUACCAUGGCCACGAUGGUGCUUCCGCGGGAGGAGAAGCUGAGCCAAGAUGAAAUCGUGUUAGGCACCAAGGCUGUCAUCCAGGGACUGGAGACUCUACGCGGAGAGCAUCGUGCCCUACUGGCUCCCCUGGCCUCUCAUGAAGGAGGCGGCGGCGGCGGAGGCGGCGGCGAGGCUGAGCCAGGCUCACAGGAGCGCUGCAUCCUCCUGCGCCGCUCUCUGGAAGCCAUCGAGCUGGGGCUGGGGGAGGCUCAGGUAAUCCUGGCACUAUCAAGCCACCUGGGGGCUGUGGAGUCAGAGAAGCAGAAGCUGCGGGCUCAGGUGCGGCGCCUGGUGCAAGAGAACCAGUGGCUACGUGAGGAGCUGGCGGGGACGCAGCAGAAGCUGCAGCGCAGUGAGCAGGCAGUGGCCCAGCUGGAGGAGGAGAAGCAGCACCUGCUGUUUAUGAGCCAGAUUCGCAAGCUGGAUGAGGAUGCUUCACCAAAUGAGGAGAAGAGUGACGUCCCCAAAGACUCUCUGGACGACCUAUUCCCCAACGAGGAUGAGCAGAGCCCAGCCCCCAGCCCUGGAGGAGGGGAUGUGGCAGCCCAGCAUGGGGGCUAUGAGAUCCCAGCACGGCUUCGCACUCUGCACAACCUGGUGAUCCAGUACGCCUCCCAGGGCCGCUACGAAGUGGCUGUUCCCCUCUGCAAGCAGGCGCUAGAGGACCUGGAGAAGACUUCAGGCCACGACCAUCCUGAUGUGGCCACCAUGCUGAACAUCUUGGCCCUGGUCUAUCGGGACCAAAAUAAAUACAAGGAGGCAGCCCACCUGCUCAAUGAUGCUUUGGCCAUCCGGGAGAAGACACUGGGCAAGGACCACCCAGCUGUGGCUGCAACAUUGAACAACCUGGCCGUUCUGUACGGCAAGCGGGGCAAAUAUAAGGAGGCAGAGCCGCUGUGCAAGCGGGCACUGGAGAUCCGGGAGAAGGUCCUCGGCAAGUUUCACCCAGAUGUGGCCAAGCAGCUCAGCAACUUGGCUUUGCUGUGCCAGAACCAGGGCAAAGCCGAAGAGGUGGAAUACUACUACCGGCGGGCCCUGGAGAUCUAUGCCACACGCCUUGGGCCCGAUGACCCCAAUGUGGCCAAGACCAAGAACAACCUGGCUUCUUGCUACCUGAAACAGGGCAAAUACCAGGAUGCAGAGAUCCUGUACAAGGAAAUCCUCACCCGUGCUCAUGAGAAGGAGUUUGGCUCUGUCAAUGGGGACAAUAAACCCAUCUGGAUGCAUGCAGAGGAACGGGAGGAGAGCAAGGAUAAGCGCCGGGACAGCGGCCCCUAUGGGGAAUACGGUAGCUGGUACAAGGCCUGUAAGGUUGACAGCCCCACAGUCAACACCACCCUGCGCAGCUUGGGGGCCCUGUACCGGCGCCAGGGCAAGCUGGAGGCCGCACAUACGUUGGAGGACUGUGCUAGCCGCAGCCGCAAGCAGGGCCUGGACCCUGCCAGCCAGACCAAGGUGGUAGAACUGCUGAAGGAUGGCAGUAGUGGGCGAGGAGACCGCCGGAGCAGCCGGGAUGUGGCUGGAGGUUCAGGGCCUCGGUCUGAGUCGGACCCGGAAGAGGCGGGGCCUGCAGCUGAGUGGAGCGGGGAUGGCAGCGGCUCAUUACGGCGCAGCGGCUCCUUUGGAAAGCUCCGGGAUGCCCUAAGACGCAGCAGUGAGAUGCUGGUGAAGAAGCUACAAGGGGGUGGUCCCCAGGAACCCCCUAACCCCAGGAUGAAGCGGGCCAGUUCCCUCAAUUUCCUCAACAAGAGUGUGGAAGAGCCAGUCCAGCCUGGAGGCACAGGUCUUUCUGACAGCCGCACCCUCAGCUCCAGCUCCAUGGACCUCUCCCGACGAAGCUCCCUUGUGGGCUAAUCCUGAAGGGGCAGCCAGAGUCUACCCAGCACCCCCGACCCCAGCCCUGCGCAUGGGCCUGCUGCUUGUCCCACCGUCUCUCCCAAGGACCCGUUUUUUCUGUUCAAUCUCAGGGUAACCUCCUCCCUUGUCAUCUCAGCCUGGGCCCUGGAGGCCGAGCCUGCCCGCUCCAGCUCUACCCCUUAUUUAUUCUUUCAGCAGGGCCCCCUCUUUCCUGAUUGGGGGUCAGUGGUAGUGGCUGACUGGAGUCUCCCAAGAUAGAGACUCCCCCUUCAUGGCCUGCUUACCCCAGACCCCAGAGUCAAGAACACUAAGCAUCUGCCCUCCGUCGACACUCCUGCCUCCCUCCCUUCCGGCCGUUGCUUCUGUAUAUAGAGAAAUAAGUUAUUGGCCGUGUCCCUUCCCUCAGUCCACGGUACUGUCCGGGCCUCCAUUAGCCCCGUCCUUCCCCAGUGGUACCACCCAGGCCUUAAUCACUCCCAUUCCACGCGGUGGUAUCUCCUAGGCUCAAUAUUCUCAGAGCGGCACCUCCCCUAAGGGUGCUCCUGGCCUCUGAGAGAUGUGCCCCACCCCGCCUGGUUCUGUGCCCUAGGACGGAGGGCCUUGGCCCGUCCCCGCCGGGCCCUGCGCUGCACCCCGGCCAUAUGCACUGCCCCUCCUGCCCAGGCACGGCCUGGCCCCGCCCAGGGCGCCACGUCGAGCCAUCCCCACGCCUCCCAUGCCCGCAGCUUCUCGCCAGGGCCAGCGACGGCCCCCAGUGGCAAGAGGGGCUGCCCCAGAGGUGGGGUGAGGCGGUCGCUCUCUAUUUUCAGAUGUUGCUGUAGAAAUAAAGACGGUUUG